AUCGGAUGCUAUAAGCAGGUGCCCACGAAACGCGAAGAUGCGGACUCGUGCUGCCAAUGGUUCUCGAAUAGGGUCCAGUCUCAGUCGGAUGCCCGAACUGGGGAGGAGGGUCAGCUCGUCGAGUCCGACUCCAACGACCCAGAGAAAGUGAAGGACCUGCUCUGUGAGCAGGUGCUCGGCGAGCUGUACGAGAAGUGCCCGCUCUGCAAGGACGGCGAAGAGAAGUGCGCCUUCGACAACUGGGAUUUGGUGGACCCCGCCAGGCUGUACUCUGUGAUGGACGGCCUGCCGUUGGCAGGGCAACGGUCUCUCGCAGGCGUUGCGGCGAUCGGCCUGGCAGCGAUCGGGGUAGCCGCGCUGCUCGCAGCUGCCGCAGUGGCCUUCAGGCGCUAUGGCGAUUUGUCCGUGCAGGUGGGCAUCUCUGCAAGCGAGGCCGCGGGGGAGGGCCAGGGCGCCCCGAUCGUCGGAGAGCUGAUCGGCCCUGGGGCAGAUAAGCGGGACGCGGCCCAUGACCGAGCACCGGGAGAUUCGGGGCCUGGGGCCUGGGUAAGGUGGGGCCUCAAAGCAAGCGCUCCGUAA